ACCACAAUACAGAAAAAAAGGGGGCUCUUGGAGGAAAAAGAAAUACAGUGAAAGGGGAUCUGAAAACCCUAACGAAAAACCAGAGAAAUCGAAAAUGGCGUCGUUUGAUGAGGCACCGCCCGGCGACGGCAAGGCCGGAGAGAAGAUCUUCAAGACCAAGUGCGCUCAGUGUCACACCGUUGAUAAAGGCGCCGGCCACAAACAAGGUCCCAACUUGAACGGGCUUUUUGGAAGGCAGUCCGGCACCACCCCUGGUUAUUCUUACUCGACUGCCAACAAAAGCAUGGCUGUAAACUGGGGAGAGAAUACACUUUAUGAUUACUUGCUUAAUCCCAAGAAGUACAUUCCUGGAACUAAGAUGGUGUUCCCCGGGCUGAAGAAACCGAAGGAGCGUGCAGAUCUGAUUGCAUACCUCAAGGAGGCAACUGCUUGAAGUAGUUGUUUUGCACGUAUUUUGUUUUGUGGCAGUUGGAAAAUAUGGUGGGUUAUUGGUUGAGUAGAAGAUUCUUUCUUUAGUAAAAGAGAGCAAAAUAUAUACCUCGUCGAAUAAGAUAAAAAUUGUUUUCCGUUGCUGUGGUGUUUAUGUUUCGACCUAUGCCAACAGUUUUUGAGUUUUUGUUACCCUCCGAUUAUUGUUUCAACAAUGUUAGAGAUUACGUUCCGUUUAAAGACAUGAAUAAACUGCAUAUAUCAUUUAUUGGUGUUUGCCCAGAUAUUAACAUUCUGGUCUUUUGGACAACCUAUGAGCUUUUACUUAAUUUGCCUA